AUGAAACACACCGGAUAUGGUAAGAUGCUCGAUGAAAUCAGAGACUGGAGCUCGCAAGAAAUCUGGAGGUUGAUAACAGGAGAUGUCAAUGAGGUUUAUACAUCUUGGUCUGAAGAAAUAGUAGCCAAAGACAGCUACGAGGAAGUGGGGAAACCUUGUACAGGUCUGCGAGAUAAGGAGUGCGUGAUCGAUGAAAGAAAACUCGAUUCCAUGUUCUCAAUGUUGAUGGAUCUAAACUGA